UGAUGUGAAUGGCGCAGCCAUUUCUCUACCUAGAGAAAGAAAACCAAGGAGGCACAGAGCAACACUGCCCCGCCGCGCGUGCAGCUAGGCGGGCAGCGCGGGAGCCAAACGCCCUGGCCGCGUGACUUCGGCUUUCAGCCGGCUCCACUGAUCUCCAGCCUUCAUCUCCAAACUUUCUCCCCACGUCAAACGCCUGCGCAGACAAAACGCGCGCAGAAUUUAUUUCAUUUGCAGCGGCAGCAGCCAUGGAGGCGAACCUGCACGGAGGUGACGUCCCAGCGAUGCAUGUGAAAACCGAAGCCGGAGAUGAACGCUCAUCUGCGCUGGGUUUGGGCAGGCAGGAGCCGCCUGCGCCCUGCGGAGAUGCCGCAUGCAGAGCGGGAGGAGGAGGAGUGCAACAGACUGCGGAGGAGCUGACUGACACGGAGCUGCAGGCCAACACCUCAGCUCCCUCCGUUCUGCUGUAUCCUGUGAGCACAGAUCGGUUCUUCACAUCAUCAGCAGAUGGUAAAACAUACCUGAAGAUUGCCCCAGCUGCAGUGCUGCCACCUGCUUCCACAGAGAAGACGCUCUCCUCUGGCUCGGACUUCUCCUCCAAAGCCGUCCUGUGUCUGAUAGAGGCUGUCGGGCGGCGCUGGGGUCUGUACGAAACCCGGGAACGCUCCCAGCUCUUUCAAAGCGUCCAGGAAGAGAUGGCCUCAAAGGGCCACGUCCUUCCGGUUGAAAAGAUCCGCCGCAAGUGGAACAACCUCAUUGUCACAUACAAGAGGGUGAAGGACCGCAGCCGGGAGACAGGACAUGCCAAAACAUCCUGGGAAUUCUUUGAUCUCAUGGAUGCCACCCUCUGUGAUACUAUUGGCUCGCAGAUCAUUUCUAACAAAAGGAACAAAGGUAUCAGUACAGCUUCUUCACUGGCCAUCCCUUCUGCAAAGAUUGCUGCAAAACCGACGCAGCUUCAACAACCAGCUACCAUCAUCCGCCCCAAUGGGGACUUUGCUGCCGCUGGAGGUUUGGAUCCCGCAGGUCUGGGGGGUGUUAGCGGCCAGGUCAUGGGUAGCACGGCUGCAAGUCCUUCACAGACUGCAACCACUGUGACUCUUGUAAAUGCUCCAGAGGUCAAGCCUGUUAUUGUUCUAAAUGGCGACAUUGUUCCGUCUAGCAUUCAGUCCGUGACCAUCCCACCACCUCCGUCUUUUAUCUCUUCUCCAUGUUUUACUGAAACAGCCUCAGCAUCUUCCUCUCUGGGCUCAGCCAGCAGCACAGAUUUAAGUGCGUCGGUCUUGAAAACCCGAAAAGCUCCAAACUUCACAUCCGGUGUCACGUCCUUCUGCCUCAGUACGACGCCGCUUAGCCACACUCAGAACAUCCUUGGCCUGUCUUCAUUCUCCCCAACGUCUUCCUGUCACACCGCUUCCAGUGCUGCUUCGCUGUCGGCGACAGUAAUGGCAGGAACCGAGGGGCAGGACCAGAAGGGAAACAAGGAGCAAAGCAGCCUUGGGUUGUUUCAGGAGGUCCUGAAGCGACAGGAAGAGCAGGGCUACCUGGAACGGGUGGCUCGGCGCAGGGUGGAGGCCAGAGAGAAGAGACGGGAGAGGAGGGAAGUACGGAUGACGGAAUCACUCGGAAGGAUAGCCACGGCGUUAGAGCUCCUCUCCUCCAAACAAGACACUAUCAUCGCGCUCCUGCAGAGACUAGCCGAUCGAAAAUGAGGAACUUUAAGGCACGAAAAAAUUGUUUAAAUAUUUUGAUCUUCUUUUGAAACGUGCUUUAUAAAGUUAUUCUCCUCAAAAAUGAUCUGGAAUAUUAUUCUGAAAAAGUUUUACUUUACCCUCAAAAAAAUAUUGUGUUAAUAAAGUGUUG